CUGCCUCAAUUCCUCUCUCUCUCUCUCUCCUUCUCACUCCUAACACACGCCUUUCUCCCACAGCCGGAUUCCGGUAUAAGAAACAACAUCACUCGAACACAUGGCUCGCGGAGGCGAAUCAGAGGCUGCAAGACGGGCUGAUAUGGAAAUGAUGCAGGUAGCAGGACAACAAAGCGCCGAGCCCAAGAAGCGCGUCGCCUACUUUUACGACCAGAACAUUGGCAAUUAUCAUUAUGGACCUGGACACCCUAUGAAGCCUCAUCGUAUCCGAAUGUGCCACAGUCUGGUCAUGAAUUAUGGAUUGUACAAUAAGAUGGAAAUUUACAGAGCUCGCCCCGGAAGCAAAAAAGAAAUGACGGCUUUCCAUACGGAUGAGUACAUCGACUUUCUGUCCCGGGUCUCGCCUGAUAACAUGGACGCUUAUGCCAAAGAGCAAAUGAAAUUCAACGUAGGAGAUGAUUGUCCAAUCUUUGAGGGUCUCUUUGAAUACUGCCAACUCUCUGCUGGGGGAUCUAUGGAGGGCGCUGCAAGGCUGAAUAAUGGCUCAUGCGACAUUGCGGUUAACUGGGCUGGAGGCCUUCACCAUGCCAAAAAGACAGAGGCCAGUGGAUUCUGUUACGUGAACGAUAUCGUGCUCGCCAUCCUGGAGCUGCUGAGGUAUCAUCCACGCGUGCUUUAUAUCGAUAUUGACAUCCAUCAUGGGGAUGGGGUGGAGGAGGCAUUUUACACCACAGACCGUGUCAUGACCGUCAGUUUUCACAAGCAUGGAGAGUAUUUUCCAGGCACAGGAGAAGUCAGGGAUGUUGGCGCAGGAUCAGGAAAGUACUAUGCUGUCAACUUUCCACUGAGAGACGGAAUCGAUGAUGUCACAUACAAGAGCAUUUUUGAGCCGGUGAUCCAGCAUGUAGUGGACUGGUACAAGCCCGGCGCGAUCGUACUACAGUGCGGAGCUGAUUCUCUCAGUGGCGACAAGCUUGGGUGCUUCAAUCUGUCUAUGAAGGGUCAUGCAAACUGCGUCAAGUUUGUGAAGAGUCUGAAUCUGCCAUUGCUGAUGGUUGGAGGUGGAGGAUACACAAUGCGCAAUGUUGCUAGGGCGUGGUGCUAUGAGACCGGCGUCGCAGUGGGACAGGAGGUUGGGCCAGACAUGCCCUUCAAUGAUUAUUACGAGUACUUUGGACCAGACUACGAACUCGACGUCAAACCAAGCAAUAUGGACAACGCGAACACUGUUGAGUACUUGGAAAAAAUCAAACAGCAGGUCUUCGAGAACUUGGCACGGUCAAAGGGUGCACCUUCCGUUCAGAUGCAGCCUGUGCCUCGUGAUCUGGAUCUGUCGGAUGACGAGGAUCAGGACGAUCCAGACAAGCGAGUCCCUCAGAGACUAUGGGACAAGAGAGUGGUGCCAGAGAACGAGUUUGAAGAGUCGGAGGAUGAGGAGACUAAUGCAUCGAAUGGUGUUCGGUAUUCAAAAUCAGUGCGGCAUGGAAGGGUAUCCAAAUCUUCGGUGGGUGGUUUAUCGAGCCGACGGGCCCGUGGUACUGUCGACAUACUUCCUGCUGCGGCUACGAAAUUACAGUCGGCUCAUGACAUUGUGAAUGCUGCUGGUAUCGCUGCAAGCAAUGGCAAUGGAGCACACCAAAACGGCAUGUCAGAACCAUCCAGGGCUAUCACCUUUGCAACAACCACAAAGGCAGGAUCUGAAGAAGCAAAGACUGUGCCUGUGCCAGCGACUGCACCCGUUACUGAAGCUGGGAAGGACGAAGAUAUUGUCAUGGAUUCGGAAACGGUCGCUCCUGCGGGUUUAGAGUUGAAGAAAAAAGAGACAGCUCCGCCAUUAUCGACAAUGGAAACAGCAGCAGAUACAACCCCCGCUGUCGCUGCUGAACAGGACACAGAGAUGAUUGAAGCACCCUGAUCACAGUCCAGAACAAGCAUUGCAGAGAUCAAACGAAGCCUUGCUAGACGCAUCAUAAUAAAACGGCAAUCGUUCGCGGGCAU